GUGGUACCGGACAAAGUCUUCCGUCUCGACCUCUCGUGGACAGUAAGUCGGCAUGUGGUACCGAUCCACCACCACGUCCUGCAGCGGUCCUGGAGCGCACGGGACGGAAAGGACUUGGAGGACGAGCAGGAGGACAAACAUGGUUCGGCUUCACCAAGAAGUUCCGAGGGAGACUGCGGGAGGAGCUGGAGCAAUCUCUGCAGCACAUCUGGAGCUGAAGGCGAAAAGCACACGCUAAUAUGCACCACUUCCGGUAAAUACUUUCAAAACAAUAAAAGCACUCGCUUCUAAAAACAUGAAAACUUGCGUAUAUAAAAAGCAAAGUCGAAUCGUUUAAAUAUCUAUAAGCAAUGAAACAUCAUUCAUUCAUAGAAUAUGUGUAGAAGUCAAACAAAAUUUGCGUUAGACAUACAAACGUGACAAUAUUUAUUUCUAGUUGAAAUAUAUUUAUGUUUAUUCCAUAAAUUCAAUGUUGCAAAUUUAAAGGUGAAAGAAAAGUUAAUAGUUUCAAGUUUUCUUUAUUAAUUCAUGUAUCUAUUCUGUCGUCUGUCUAUUUUGAAUAUGAUAUAUUUUGUUCUAAAAUAUUCAAAAUAGGUGGAGGCUUUUAGACUUAUUGGGCAUUUUUUACAUUUGAGCUGACGAUAUCGAAACAAUACACGUUUUUGUCAGCCAUUUCUGCACUAACGAUGAAGCGCUGCAUCGUUAGCGUUUGGUGCUCGGUUCGUCUACAAAGGAUUGAAGCUUGACCAUCACAGAAGCGCAUUAGUGCGGUGAGAGACGGAGUUCUGCAAACGUGUUAAACCAAGUCCAAAAAUCUGACCGCAAAUUUGACCUGAAUUAGACAUGACAGAGCACAAAAGCUGCCUCCACAGGACAGAGUGUGAGUGAGAACUGCGGAGGUGCAUUAGGAACCCCACAUUUUUCUUAUUUGCCUUCGAGCAAAGUGUCACGUUUGGACUCGUUUUCCGGCGGACAAAAGAGCACAUAACUCUGGACGUAACCUGAGGGAAGAGUAGACAGUUUAUACUUUAUAACGAAUAGUUAUGAUUCCUUUAAAAGUAACACUUUUUGGAGUAACUAUAAUGUCAGAUUGGGAUGAGAUCUUCACAGCCAUUGAAACAGGAAGUGAUGUAUCCAACCGCCAAUAGCGUUUUAUUUAGAAGGUCUGAGGCGGAUGUUGUCGUGCCCCGAACCCCGGUCUACGUGCGCUCAGUCUGUCUGAGGAAAGUUCUCCUCACUCUUGUCUUCACGGCCGUUCACAACCCGGCUGUCGCUGCGAUGCUCCCGCUCUUCCUGCUCCUGGCUCUGGUCCCGGUCCAAGCUCAGUAUGAGAAGUACAGCUUCAAAAGUUUCCCGACUAAGGACCUGGUGCCGCUGGACUCUGCCUACAAUCACGCCCUGGAGCAGUACUCCGCGCAGAACUGGACGGAGAGCAUCAAGUAUCUGGAGCUGAGUCUGCGGCUUCACCGGCUGCUGCGGGACAGCGAAGCCUUCUGCGGCCGCAACUGCAGCUCCGUCAGCCGGGAGAGCGACUCUCCUGCCGGCGGCGACUGCAGCCUCCGCGUCGUCCGGCACAUCCUGCUGAGGGCUGCGUGUCUGAAGCGGUGCAGGUCCGAGUUCCCGGUCUUCACCCUGGCGUACCCGAAGAAGCAGCUGCUGGACUCGUUUGAGAAGCGAGUCCCGUAUCGCUACAUCCAGUACGCGUACUUCCAGAUCAAUAACGUGGAGAAGGCAGUGGCAGCGGCCCACACGUUCCUGAAGAAGAACCCCAGAGAUCCAUACCUGACCAAGAACAUGAACUACUACAAGACUCUGUUCGAUGUGGAGGAGUACUUGAUCGAUCACGAGGAGCAGCCGUACGAGAGUGUGUUUCUGAAGAGCGUGAUGCUGUACAACAGCGGCGACUUCAGCAACAGCGCCCGCAACAUGGAGCAAGCCGUCACUCAGUAUUUGGAGAUCCACAGUCAGUGUCUGGCUGCCUGCGAGGGCUCCUACGAAAUCUUAGAGUACAAAGAUUUCUACCCGACUCUGGCAGAUCUGUACACUGACGUUCUGAAGUGUAAAGUGAAGUGUGAGGAGAAUCUGACGCCCAGUGUGGGCGGAUUCUUCGUGGAGAAGUUCGUGGCCACCAUGUAUCACUACCUCCAGUUUUCUUAUUACAAGUUGAACGACGCGAAGAGUGCGGCGCCGUGCGCGGCGAGCUACAUGCUGUUCGACCCCAAAGACGAGGUCAUGCAGCAAAAUAUUGCGUAUUAUCGCUUCUACCGGCAGCAGUGGGGCCUGACGGAGAGCGACUUCCAGCCCCGACUGGAGGCUGCGACGUAUUUUAACCAGACCACCAAGCAGAAAGAGAUGCUGGACUUUGCUGUCCACUACCUCCAGACGGAUGAUGAGGGUGUGGUGAGUCCAGAGGAAGUGGCCGUUCACUCCGAGCAUCCAGACGCUGAGUUCGAGGGAAUGGGAGACUAUGAGGAGUCCUUCUUGGCUGACUGGUGGCAGGAGCCCAAAACCAAGUGGGACACUGGGGAGGUUGCAGACUGAAAGGGAACCUUCAGAACAAAGUGACGAUGGACAGCUGCCAAACCUGACCUGAGUCUUGCUCCUGGGCCGGGUUUCACUCGACAUCCUGCAGGCCUCCUGAGGGUCCCAGUUCUGCUCGUGACUUUUAUUUAACAUCAGCCAGAACAAGGAACAUAUUUUUGUGUGAA